UGGAGGUGGAGGGAGACUCAUAGAUUCCGCACGAAAAUAGUGUGAAACUUCCGAGCUGCCAAAUGUGGACAAGAAUGGAAGAACUUCCAGACUAUGACGUAAGAAAGUGAUGCAGGUGACGAAGACAUAACAACUAACAGUCAGGAAGAGGAUAAAUCCUCGGAGAGGAUGAAACUAGUAUCAGAGGACAAGAACUCAGCUAUCAAACUCGAGGACUAGGACGGGUGACUUGUUACAUGAGGAUAAGCUCCAAGACUGCUGCUGAACUGAGGGACCUCAGAACAAGGACUCUGGCCGAAGACCCAGAAUAGACCUCAGGAGAUUGAUGCAGACGAAGAAGAUUGUGCUCUACUGUGAACUUGUAACAUAUCUAACUUAGGUUUACGGGCACCCGCAGCUGAAGGUUUUCAGGCUGAAUGGAUCUAUGAGUGUAAAGCACGUGGUGGAGAAACAGGCUUGUCCUUGCAAUCACCAGUCUAAAACUAGGGGCAUCAAGGAAAUGUGCAAUUAUGGGCGGAAGACAUAUGAAAACUUUGGAACUUGGCUCAUGAGCAUGAUGGAGUCUUCUGAGAACGCUAUCGUCGUACUAGCACCAACAGCUUGCAAGAGAGAGCAGCAGCAGCAACGAAAUUGCCAUUUCCUGAGUUAGCAGGAGGACAACAGCAGUGCCGAUUGAAGGAGCAGCAGCAGCCGCAGCAGGAGAAGGAACAAUAAGACUUUCGUCGUGUCUUUGCACUAUAAAAUUCAGUAGAAAAGAAUAGAUCGUUGUAAAAUUCAGCUUCAGCCCUUCUCUGAAAUCAAAACCGAUUUGAUAGAGGUUGAUAGCGUAGGAGGAUCAGGGAUUAGCAUCAGCUGCGAUGACACAAGAGCGGAUGGACUCUAUCGAGGCUUACAAGAGCCAGAUUCCUGCGCAUCUUGCUAUGAUCGUAUGUCAAGUGCUGGCUGCAUUAUACUAUGUAGUCUGUCGUGUGAUCCUGGUGGGUGGUAUGAAUCGGAUCAUCCUUAGUUUUUACCGAGAUGUUGUGGCCAUGAUUAUCCUUAUCCCUGCUGCGUAUUUUAUUGACAGAGGGAACCGAUUGAAAUUUUCCUACAAUGUUAUCGUUCGCCUUCUACUUCUUGGGUUAUUCGGGGUGUAUGGAAGCAAUUAUCUUCUGUUCGUCGGAAUUGAGUUCACAUCCGCUGAGUUCACCUCUGCACUCCAGCCCGUCGCACCGGCAUUAGUAGCCCUGAUUGCUAUUGCCUUCGGGUUUGAAGAGAUUUACUGGCACAGAAGAGAUGGGCAAGUGAAGGCACUUGGCAUUGCAAUAUCGUGCGUCGGUGGAGUUUUAAUGACUUUCUACAAAGGACCGCCUGUUCUACCAUGGAAGUUUGUGGGAGACAACACACCUUGGGUUCCGGUGAACGAUAAUUUCCCAAAUUUGUUGGCCAACGGCACUCUCAACACUGUCAAAACUACAUUUCACGACUGGGGACUCACUGGAUGGCAAUUUGGUGCACUAUGUCUCAUCGGGAACACUCUUUGCUUGGCUUUAUACCUCAAUCUACAGGGACCUUUGUUAAGGAGGUAUCCAGCUCCUGUGUCUGUUGUUGCCUACUCAUACGGUGUUGGGACCAUACUUAUGGGAAUCACAGGUUACUACGCCGUUAAGGAUCCGAAUGCCUGGCAUUUGUCAUGGAACACGAAUCUUGCCGCUAUUGUGUAUACCGGUGUUCUUGGUUCAGCUCUCAACUACUCCUUGAUUUCGUGGUCCCUGCAUCGAGUCGGGCCACUGUUCGUAGCAUGUUAUCUUCCUGUUCAGCCUGUGGCUACUGCUCUGCUAGCCUUGGCCAUUGUUGGAACCACGGUGUAUUUGGGAAGUGUGAUAGGAACGGUGUUGAUUAUGAUCGGCCUUUUACUGGUGACAUGGGCCCAUGAAGAAAGGAGGCGCUUAUCUCUUCUCUCCAAAUUGAUAUUCCAACGGAGAUACAGUGACUCAUUCAACUAUUCCAACCCUCGGGAACCUUUGAUCGAGGAACUUCCUCCUCGCUUUCAUAUUCGCCCUCAAAGCUGAUCGACAGAUGUCACGUUAAACGUUGAACAACAGAUCCAGCGGCACACAUUCAUCACGGUUGUUAAAUAGAAGGGCUUUGUGUUCUGCGAUUUUACUGCUGAGAUGCAGAGGGUUCCGUCCAGCAUGAGCAACCUGGGCUCGUUAGUUAAUUAAAGCAGGUAGUUGUACAUUUGAAUCCGUAGGCAGGGGAAGGGGAUAUUAGAUGACUUUACCUCGGAGAUCCAGGUUUGAAAUGCGAGUGGAAAGAGGAUGGAUUUUUUUUGCUAGACCAGAAAAUGCUCCAGUCGUAGUUACUUCAAGUAGAUCCUUGAGGCAUGUGACAUGAGCUAGUUUAGAUCAGACCUGGUGGUCAACUGUAGGCAGUGCCGGGAAAUUGUGUUGACUCAUGUCGAGUCUCUACCAGAUCUCUUUUCCUUAGCAGACUCUCAGUUUGUGUCCACACAGAUGAAAAGCGAAGCUUUCGUGAAACUGUGAAUCUUCUGAAGAGUUCCAAGCAUUUGCACAUCGUUAUAAACCGAUAUGUCAGGAUUGAAGAAAUCCCUUUUAUAUCCAUAUCAUAUAUAUUGUGAGGUGAGCAUUGAGUAUUAAACGAUGAACAGCUUUUGCAGCAUG